AUGCUGAGUGACAGUGUCUCGUCGAAGUGUGACAAGUUCCACGAAAACCAAUUUCAAGAAAAAGGAACCCUUUUAGCUUUUGAUUCGGUGUAUACAAAGAUGAGGGGAGGGGGACUGUGGCAACUUGGUCAAUCAAUUACUCGUCAAUUAGCCCAGGCUAAUAAGAAGACCAUCACCUGUCGAUGCUUUGCAUCUGAAGCUGAUCUGAAGAAGACAGUUCUGUAUGAUUUCCAUGUUGCCAAUGGGGGAAAGAUGGUUCCUUUUGCCGGCUGGAGUAUGCCAAUCCAGUACAAGGACUCAAUUAUGGACUCCACGUUGAACUGUAGGGAGAAUGGUAGCCUUUUUGAUGUUUCUCAUAUGUGUGGUUUAAGUCUCAAAGGGAAGGACAGCAUACCGUUUCUUGAAAAGCUAGUGGUUGCCGAUGUUGCUGGUCUUGCACCUGGCACAGGGUCUUUGACAGUUUUCACAAAUGAGAAGGGAGGUGCAAUUGACGAUUCGGUGAUAACUAAGGUGACAAAUGACCACAUAUACUUGGUUGUUAAUGCAGGAUGCAGAGACAAAGAUCUUGCCCAUAUUGAGGAACAUAUGAAAUCAUUCACAUCGAAAGGUGGUGAUGUCUCUUGGCACAUCCAUGAUGAGCGAUCCCUUUUGGCCCUCCAGGGUCCCCUUGCGGCCCCUGUUCUACAGCACCUGACAAAAGAUGAUUUGAGUAAGAUUUACUUCAGCGACUUUCGGAUCUUGGAUAUAAAUGGUGUGCCCUGCUACCUUACUAGAACUGGGUAUACAGGUGAAGAUGGCUUUGAAAUUUCAGUUCCUUCAGAGCAUGCUGUUGAUCUUGCAAAAGCUAUUCUGGAGAAAUCUGAAGGUAAGGUACGGUUGACAGGUUUAGGCGCCCGAGACAGUCUUCGACUUGAAGCUGGGUUGUGCUUAUAUGGCAACGACAUGGAGCAGCACAUAACUCCAGUCGAGGCAGGACUUACAUGGGCAAUAGGGAAGAGACGAAGGGCAGAUGGAGGUUUUCUCGGUGCUGAAGUAAUACUCAAACAAAUCGAAGAGGGCCCCAAAAUAAGGCGAGUUGGUUUUUUCUCCUCAGGUCCACCAGCCAGAAGUCACAGCGAGGUUCAGGACGACAAAGGACAAAACAUAGGAGAAGUCACCAGCGGAGGAUUUAGCCCCUGCCUGAAGAAGAACAUAGCCAUGGGGUACGUAAAAUCUGGACAGCACAAGGCGGGCACCAAAGUUAAGGUUGUGAUUCGAGGAAAGUCCUACGAUGGUUCUGUCACGAAAAUGCCUUUCGUACCCACAAAGUACUACAAGCCAUCCUAA